AUGGCCAACGACUGCCCUCUGUGUGAUUUGGCCGGGACGAAAGCUGGCUUGAAAGGACCUCAAUUCUGCGCAGCCUUAUUAACAAAAACAGUGCGCUACUACAUGGAAUCAGGGCCGGCACCUCCUCUUCCUCAAGUAAACCCCCCUCGGCCAGGACACACUCGAGGCGUAAGCCAGACUACAGUAGCAUCUAUAGCCUCUUUGAACCCUCGAGGGCAAGAGUUUCAACUUGCAGCUUCCUCAACUAGGACUGACUCUUUGCCAAAGUCUAUGGAGGGAGGCUCAAGUUCUUGUUCCAAUACACAGCCUUCAGAAAAGAGACACUCAUCUGAAGAAAUGCAGUCUCCAAAAAAGAGACAGUCAGUCGAAAAGCCCCCGUCUCCUGAGAGAAUAACUUCACCUGAAAGGAACCGAUCUUCUGGACAAAGACACCCGCCUGAAGAAAGCCAACCUCCUGAAAACAUCCCAUCGCUGGUGACGCCUCCAACACAUGCGAUGACUCCAGCCGAGUUCCUUGCACGCUCUGCGCCGACCUGGGCUGAGGUUGCUCAGGGCGACAAACGGAAAACAAGCCAGUCCUCCGAAAAAGACCCAUAA